CGGAUGACAGGUCACGUAUGCGGUGUUGUAGCCGAGUUGGAGAACCUAGCUGGAGCAAUACGUUCCCGGAACAACUGAGUAAUCACUGAACAGUUUCAGCGUUUGUGAGGUGAGGCCGUGAUGAAGAUUCUGCUCAAAAAACGGCGUAUCCCCAUCAAGGCAUAUCCACCAUGACACCGUCAUGCUUCUCCAGGGCGUAAGUGAACAUACUGCCAUAUUGUGCAACACCGAGGCAUCAAGUUAUUACAAUGGCUGAAAGGCUGUCGGUUUUGAACGGGACUCCACGACUGCUUGCAGGCCCGCAGUUGCUUCACCAUCUGGUCAAGGGCCAACCCGGGAGCAUUGCUAUCGACUUCACAGAUGCCGAUGCACGCCAGGAAGUCGUGACCUACUCAUGUCUGCAGUCUCGCUCCGACGCAUUGGCGUCGGAGCUUCUCGCUCUGCACGAGCAUACGCAGACGUACGCUACCAGUCGUCCCAUUAUACCCAUCUACAUGCAGCAAUGUCCGGAUCUCUACAUCUCCCAGCUUGCCACACUCAAGGCAGGCUAUGCGUUUUGCCCAUUGCCUCUGGAUGCACCCGAGGAACGUCUACGCUUUAUUUUGCGGGAUGUGGAGGCAAAGAUCAUCUUGACCACCUCAGCAUCGCGAUCUAGACUGCCUGCGAUUGAAGGCAUUGAGGUUAUUGCCGUCGACAACUCAACCCCCAACCACAUUACGUCCCAGUGGCCUACCGACAUUGACCCGGCGAACGCCGCUUACAUUAUGUACACUUCAGGAUCGACUGGUACUCCGAAGGGCGUGGUAAUAUCUCAUCGAGCAGCCAGUCAGGCCCUGCUUGCGCACGACCCGCACAUCCCUGCCUUCAGUCGCUUUCUCCAGUUCGCGAAUCCCACCUUCGAUGUCAGCGUUUUCGAGAUAUUCUUUCCUUUCUAUCGAGGCGGCACCAUUGUGUCGUGCGACCGAAAAGCAUUGCUGAACGAUCUUCCCGGCAUCAUGAACGCUCUUAAUGUGGAUGCGGCAGAAUUGACGCCCUCGGUGGCAAGCAGCUUGCUGCACAACCGGAGCAGUGUACCUAACCUCAAGCUUCUUCUCACCAUCGGAGAGAUGCUCAAAAGGUCCGUCAUAGAGGAGUUUGGUGGGAAUGAUGGUCAGCCUAGCCUGCUUUAUGGCAUGUACGGACCUACAGAAGCUACCAUUCACUGCACGCUGCGACCAGCUUGUGCGAAGAAUAUGACGGUCGGCGAUAUCGGUGUGCCUCUAGACACUGUGUCUGCGUUCAUCGUUAAACCCGCAAAACCAGAGGCUGCUAACGCUCCUCUGGAGCUUGUGGAAGUCGGUGAAGAGGGCGAAUUAGCUGUGGGAGGUUACCAACUUGCUGAUGGCUAUCUUCACCGCGAUGAGCAGACGAAAGCAGCAUUUGUCGAUCACCCAAAAUACGGCCGCCUUUACCGUACUGGAGACCGUGCUCGCUUGCAUGAAAGUGGCUGGUUAGAAUGCUUAGGCCGUAUAUCAAGCGGCCAGGUGAAGCUGCGAGGUCAGCGCAUUGAACUCGGUGAAGUCGAGUAUGCGGCUGCGCAGACCGCCGGGUGUAAGAGCGCCGUUGCAGAAGUGGUGGAUGGCACUCUUGUCGCUUUUUGUGUACGGUCCGCAGCAACACUGACAGUCUUUGACAUACAAGAAACGUGCAAGAAGUGGAUGCCAGCAUUUAUGCUCCCCAGAGAUGUCAUACUACUUAACGAGCUUCCGUAUCUUCCGUCUGGAAAGAUCGAUCGGCCAACAUUAAUCAAGCAAUAUCAAGACCUCAGGCAAAGCCAUACGAACCAAGUCAACACGCUGAGCCCGGCACAGCAGCGGCUUGCUCGAAUACUGGAUCGAUCACUAGCAGCGCACAUCAACGCAGAUACGGACCUACCUACUGUUGGUCUCGAUUCACUCUCCGCGAUCCGCAUCGCUGCCCAGCUACGCCAGCAAGGCUUUCCGCACGCUGAUGCCAGCAUCGUACUUCAAGCUCACAGCAUUCGCGAGCUCGAUAAUAUCUUGGAGCAGGCCAAGUCUACCGCCGUCAGACAUGACCAAGCGUCCGAGGCCGACAACGAGACAGCCGCCUUCAAGCAAUUCUGCGCUAAGGUGCUGGAGAACCCAAGCAUCACUCAUCUUCGGGAAGAUAUUGAGGACAUAUGGCGGUGUACGCCAAUACAGCACGCUAUGUUGACGGAGACCGCGCGCACUUCCACAACGUACUUCAAUGAUGUCUCCUUCGAAAUCCGAAGCAGUAUCUCCUUGAACUCGCUGAAAUCGGCCUUAAUUCUGCUGUCUACUCACCACCCACUGCUCCGGGCUGGCUUCGUUGAUGUCGACGGUGCGAACAAUGGCCAUGCAAUCAUUAUCUGGAAAACGCUUCAUGAGAGGCAGAUCAGGGUAGGCGACGUCUCAAAAUCUGGAUCUGUCUCAGGAGGCCUGCCGGACUUUCUGCGACCUCUGCUAUUUCGAUUACGCGAGGGCUCCCACUCUGUAUGUUUGAAUCUUUGCAUCCAUCACGCUCUUUACGACCAAUGGUCUAUCGAUGUCCUGAAGUCAGAUCUGACUGACUUGCUACGUGGGCGCGAACCUCCUCCCGUGCCGCCCUUUCAACAGAUCAGUGAACUCUACGCUAAAUCCAGCGCUGGGGCACUGCUUCAACAAUGCGGCGGUUUCUGGCAGCAACACCUGCAAGAUUUCACCAUCACGCCCAUUCCGAACCUCAAUCCGUGGAUUGUCCCGCCUGGCUUGCAGAAACUCUCACGCAACAUGCAGCUUGACGUGACUGCAGCCAGAUCGAGAAUGAAAGUUUCUGGGGUGAGCUUGCCCACCGUUUUCCAGGCAGCAUGGUCUUACCUUAUGGCCUCCCUGUCCGGGAGCUCGGAUGCGAUCUUUGGCGUCGUCUUCUCGGGUCGUCAUCAUGCUGUUACUGGAAUCGAACGCAUCGUUGGCCCGCUCUUGACCACACUACCUUUUCGGGUCGACAUCUCGAGCGUGCAAACUUGUCGCGAGCUUCUCCGGGCGGUGCAGAACGCCAACAGAGCCAUGCAGCUGCACUCACUGACUCCACUCGUGGAUAUUAAACGGGCCGCUGGUUGUGCACCAGACACUGUCCUCUUCGACGUUCUGUUCGUCUGGCAGGAAACUAGCCUCAUGCUAGACCCGAAUGAUCUACUGAUGCGUGAAGUUGCUUCCACUGACCGACACGAGUUUAACCUCGUUCUUGAGCUUGAACCUCUUCCAGACAGGAUCGUCGCGCGGGUAACAUACCAGGAGAGUCAUCUACCACAAGAGCAGGUUCACCUCCUUCUACGUCAACUUGACCGUCUUGUCGAGAGAAUUGUGCAGGCUCCAGAGACUGCGGUCGCAGGAUUGCAGGAGGCUUUAGACCUCGAGUUGCUAUCCGCAUCGAACCAUUCACCCAGUACAUGCACCAGGGUAGGUGGUGUGGUCUCGGCCGUUGAGCGGCAGGUCGAUCUCUCGCCACAAAAUCGAGCCCUGCACUUCGCUACUCACAUCGUCGAAGGCCGCUUGAAGACAGUCACCCUCAGCUACCAAGACUUCAACAACAAGGUGAACCAAUUCGCUCGCCAUCUCCGCGCACUUGGCGUGGCACAAGGCGAUCUUGUCUGUAUCUGUAUGGAGAAGUCACUCGAUCUCUAUGUCAGUAUCACGGCAACACUAAAAGCUGGUGCUGGCUACGUACCUUUACUGCCAGAUACUCCGCAAUCAAGGCUUGAAAGCAUCUUGAGUCAGACAGCGUCGAAGAUGUGUAUCUGCGACAGCGGCACCGAAAGCAAAAUACGCACUGUUGGUGAUGUCGGCAUAGUCAUGCUGGACGAUGUCGACAUUGUAGGCUAUGACACCACUAACCUGGACCUUCCAUACGUUGGCAGCAAUGUCGCGUAUGUUGUAUUCACGUCCGGAAGCACAGGAUCGCCGAAGGGUGUGUGCGUAACAUUUGACAACCUAGACAGCAAUCUCUCUGCGCUUGCUGAGCUGUAUCCGGUUAAAGAGGGAGAUCGUUUGCUGCAGGCAUGCUCGCAAGCAUUCGAUGUGAGCGUCUUCGAGAUCUUCUUCAGUUUUAGCACAGGCAUGUGUUUGUGCUCCGCUACUAAGCUGGUGCUAUUCAGUGAUCUCGAAAUGAGUAUCCGUGCCUUUGGCAUAACACAUCUGUCCCUGACUCCUACAGUCGCUGCUUUGAUACGUCCUACCCUCGUACCGACAGUCAGAUUUCUGGUCACGGCAGGUGAAGCGGUCACGGAAGCCGUACGCACUCAGUGGGCGGGCAAUGGCCUCCAUCAGGGCUACGGCCCUUCAGAGACCACGAACAUCUGUUCCGUGCUAAUGGAUAUGUCCAAGGAGCACGCAAUCGGCAACGUCGGUCCUGCGCUUCGGAACACCUCAGCUUUCGUGAUUGCACCAAACAAAACAUUCACCUUACUGCCUGCGGGCUCGGUAGGUGAACUCGCAUUUGGUGGAGAACAAGUCUUUACUGGGUACCUGAACAUGCCAGAUCUGAAUGCUGCGAAGCUGUUGUGUCACUCUCGUUUUGGCCGGAUAUACCGCAGCGGAGACAUCGGCAGGAUAUUACAUGAUGGAACGCUGUUGAUCGCAGGAAGACUGGAUGAUCAAGUCAAGGUCCGAGGCCACCGUAUCGAGCUCGGCGAGAUCAGCGCCGUCAUACUUCGCGACUCUGGAGUUUCAGACUGCACAACUAUGCUGAUGCACAAUGAGGUCGCAUCCGACCAAGCGCUGGUUUCCUUCUACGUCCCGCAAGCCGCCAGCGGUCAGAACACAGUAAUCCUCGAAAACUACGCAGGAGAGACGGCUCAUCUGUUCGGUGUUGCUGAAGAUGCGCUGCCAUCUUACAUGAUCCCGCGCUUUAUCAUAGCAAUCAGCGCGAUGCCGCACACGGCGCAGGGCAAGCUCGACCGUCGCUUGCUGCAACGUCUGCUCUCUGAGAUUCCCGACAAUGUCCGGCAUCAAUUCUCUAACCAACAAAAUGAUGCGACAACACCCGAUGCGGACUGGAGCGAAGCAGAAGACACGGCGGCAACUUUACUGGCUGGCACGCUGGGCCUGCAGCGUCAGAGCAUAACAAAGAGCACAUCUUUCUUUACGUACGGUCUCAACUCUCUGCAUGCUAUUGCGUUCGCGAAGAAGGUGAGUAGUCAUUUCCGUCGUACGGUUGGCAUUGAUGCAGUUAUGCGCCAUUCGAGCAUUGCUCGCCUUGUCGCGCAUGUUUCUGGCUGCCAAAAUGAGAACUUGCAGGUAAAUGGCGACACUUCUCUUAACGUAUUCUCGGAAGACUUCGCAGCGAAAAUCAAAGCACAGCAUCAUGCCACAGGACAGAACGUCAAGCGCAUAUUACCAUGUACACCGCUUCAGGAAGCCAUGCUAUCCGUGGGAACAUCAAGGUCUCCUGAUGCUUACUGCAACACGACAACGUUCGCGGUUUAUGGGGAUUUGGAUCGCCUCCUGGAUUGCUGGCACGAAAUGGUUGCACGCCAUGAUAUUCUACGUACUGUGUUCGUAGAGACAGAUUCCGCCGACUACCCUUAUGCACAGGUUAUUCUCGAGGCCCACAACCUGCCCAUACACCGAUCCGGGUGCGGAGCAGCCAUAAGCAGUAACGGUCCGAACAUCACACGGGGCGCUGAAAGCCUUCGAUUGAGCCAUAGCCGACCAAUUGUUCUCGAGGUCGUCCAAACAGACGAACAGAGUCUUCUCACGCUGCGGAUGCUGCAUGCAAUCUACGAUGGUGAGUCCAUGGCGGUCCUGCUUAGCGAAGUGCAGGCGUCGUACCACGGCGACACGCUACCGCCACCCGUCUCAGCUGAGCCUUUCCUUGCGGCGGGCAUUCGCGACAACCAGCAAGAUGCACUCAAGUACUGGGCCGAGCGGGUCGUCUCUUAUAGGCCUCAACCGUUCCCUCGCCUCGACGAGGGCAGCUCUGACUUCGAAGAAACGAAGCAGUGCGAAGCAAGUAGCACACUAGAUAUGCUACGUAACUUCAGCAAGCGCCAAGCCACCACAACACUCAGCAUCUUCCAGGCCGCGUGGACAUGCGUUCUCUCGCUCGCGCAGUCGUCCGGUGACGUCUGCUUUGGAAAUGUGGUCAGUGGACGAAGCGUCCCAGUUCCUGGUGUCGAACGUCUUGUUUUGCCGUGUUUCAACACGGUACCAAUGCGGGUACGGACUUCGCAAUUUCGAACUUAUCUGGAACUCAUCAGGAGUCUCCACGGUCAGAACCUAGCAGACACGCGGCACCAACUGACUGCCCUUCGCCGCAUACAAGCACUCUCCGACGCACCAGAAAUGCAUCUGUUCGACUCAAUGCUUUUACUACAGCCGCCGCACAAUGACUUGAACUGUCGCGUUUGGACUCAAUCACAUGAAGAGGGAUCUAUGGGCAUGCCGCUCGUGCUCGAGAUUCUGCCGGAGGCCGACAGAUAUGUGCUGCGUCUGCACUACCUCCCGUCCCGAGUGUCUUCAAGCCUUGCGCCUCUACUGCUUGAAGCCUUCGACAAGGUCUUAUCAGCCUGCCUCGCCCAUCCAUUGGCUGAACUCGUUCGCCACGAAGCUGCACACAGCUGGGGUGUAGCUGGGAAGCUUGCGACAGUAGCGAAUUGUGCUCACAACGGCAAUUCGGGAGACACUGAACAACUUGGCGAUGACUGGACUGCUGCAGAGCUCGACGUCCGCGAGGUCUUCGCAUUGAUCAGCAAGACGCCGGCACAGCGUAUCUCGAAGAAAACCACCAUGUACCAACUUGGCCUCGACAGCCUCAAUGCUGCACAGGUCGCGGCUCAACUUCGAAAGCGUGGGUACAACGCUCAUGCAUCUAACGUCAUCGAGAAUGUCACGCCAACCGCGCUUGCUGCCGUGGUGUCAAGACGUGCUGGCACCAGGCAUGCGAACGACCAAGCAGUCGACCUCACUGCCUUCGACCGCCGCCAUCGCUCCGCGGUAAUCAACGCAUUACGGACGCAAGGUUCCACAAUACAAGCGAUACGUCCCUGCACCCCAGCUCAAGCUGGCAUGCUCGCCCAGUCUAUCAGCAGCGAUGGUGCACUAUAUGUCAACCACGUGGCUUACCGCAUACCCCACACAGUAACCAUGGAAGAGCUGAAGAGCGCCUGGGCCCAAGUCAUGCGAAGACAUCAGAUACUACGAACCGGCUUCGGCACCAUCAACGAGGCGUCAGUCCCCUUCCUCGCGCUCACGUGGGCUGUCGGUGCUGUGUCGCUUCCCAUUAGUGACAUGACCGCUGACGACAGCAUCAAAGAUGUUGAAGGUCGGGUAGCAAGCAGCAUCUGUCAGAAUAUCCGCCUUCCACCCUGGCGCGUUCGAGUUGAGAUGAUGCACCGGACAAUGCUGCUGUCGCUGCAUCAUGCUUUGUACGACGCCGAAGGCCUGCGCUACCUGCUGGCCGAUCUGCAGUAUGCCAUGAAAGGCGACAAUAUCGGGAACGAGCUGAGCUUCGAUCGGCUACUUACUCAAGCACUUCGUAGCGCAGAAAUGAAGCAGGAACUGGAUACUUUCUGGCGAGCGACAUUGCAUGAUGCCCGCAUUGUCAGGUUUCCUGAUCUCAAUCAUGUGUCAAACACAGCAGCGCGGAUACAGUCCGUGAGUCGAACUAGCAUGCUGCCGCUUCCAGCAGUCGAGCGAUACUGCAAAGACAACAACGCUACGGUUCAAGCUAUCGGUCAGGCCGCUUGGGCGAUACUGCUCCAGGCAUAUACGGGUGAAACGGGCGUUGUCUUCGGUACCGUACUCUCCAAUCGUGCUCCAACCAGCGAUCAGGCUACCGCCUUCCCAAGCUUAACAACUUUACCUGUCGUAUACCCUACAUCUUCAUCUCCAGCGGAGCUCGUUCAGAGCAUGGUGGCCUACAACGCUCGCAUUUAUCGUCACCGUCCCGUAGCUUUAGACGAGCUUCAGCGACUGGCUGGUGAUCCUGGACGAAGCUUGUUCGACACAGUCUUUGUCUAUCAGAAACGGAUCGCAAGUAUAAGUGAUUUCGACUGGCCGCUGAUCAGAGAAUCUGCUGCUGUAGAUUAUGCCGCAUCACUGGAACUCGAAACUCUCCCGGACGACUCUAUAUCGCUGCGGCUUACCACCCACGGUCGAAGGGUACCAGCUGCUCAAGGCAACCUCAUGCUACAGCAAUAUGACAUGCUUCUGCAACGCAUAGUCACCGGCUUUCACAGCAACGUGUCCAACCAGCUCUGGUCAAUCAACCCCGCCAGAGAACCGUGCCUAGCAACCAACGUCAAACUCUUACAUGAGUACCUUGACAUCAGUGCCCAGCAGUAUCCCGAGCGUUUAGCACUCGAGUUCGUUGACUCUUUGCAUAGCACGCUGACGCAGCGAAGACGUUGGACUUAUAGACAGCUCCAGCAGCGCAGCAACCAGGUGGCUCACCUACUAAGAAACAAUGGCGCAGGGACUGGUGACAUCGUGGCGGUGAGUAUGACGAAAUGUCCGGAAGCUUCGUUUGCUUUCGUGGGUAUUCUCAAAGCGGGUUGCGCGUUCUUAGCCAUCGACCCAGAGUUGCCGGUUGCGCGGCAGCGGUUCAUCUUGGGAGAUUCCCGUACGGCCAUUCUACUCGUCGGUCCUAACGACGAGCUGCCCACCGCACCCGCGGGCGAGAGUGUCGCACCUGUCAUACGUCUUAGUGAGACGAUACUCGAUGAGUAUCCGGGUCACGCAGUAGACGCUGCUGACGUACAGGCUGAUUCGACUUGCUACUGCCUGUAUACCUCAGGAACCACCGGCACCCCAAAAGGCGUUCUUCUCAGCCACGAGAAUGCUGUUGAGGCUAUGCAGGCCUUCUCGCGCCUGUUCGCCGGCCACUGGACAAUCUCAUCCCGAUGGCUGCAGUUCGCUUCAUACUGGUUUGACGUGCAGGUCCUGGAACAGUUCUGGAGCUGGAGCGUUGGCAUCACAGUGGUUGGUGCACCACGGGACCUGGUACUGGAAGAUAUUCCAGGGUUCAUCGAUAGCCUUAGCAUUACACACAUCGAUCUCACUCCGUCUCUUGCUCGUCUUGUGCAUCCGCAUGACGUACCUAGCUUGCACGGCGGGGUUUUCAUCACUGGAGGGGAGGCGCUCAAGCAAGAGAUCAUUGACGAAUGGGGCCCGUACUUCACCGUCUGCAACGGAUAUGGACCGACAGAAGCUACCAUCGGGGUGACAAUGAACACUUUUAUCGGACCCGAUGCAAAACCAUCCAACAUUGGGAAGCAAUUCGCUAACGUAGGCGCAUACGUAUUGGAGCCCGAUGGGGAUCAGCCUGUCUUGCGUGGCGCUGUUGGCGAGCUGUGCGUUUCAGGCAAGCUCGUUGGAAAAGGAUACCUCAACCGACCGGACCUCACUGCGAAAGCCUUCCCUUUCAUGGAACGCCACGGUGAGCGCAUGUACCGCACUGGAGAUUUGGUCAGGCUUCUGUCAGAUGGAUCGUUCGCUUUCAUAGGCAGAAAGGAUACGCAGGCGAAGCUCCGCGGACAGCGACUAGAGAUCUCCGAAAUCGAUAAUACCAUCAGCGGCUCAUCGCAUGAGCUCGAAGACGUUGUGUCAAUGGUCGUCAAGGACGAGGGUGGUAGGAAGCAAACCCUGGUGUCUUUCGUAACGCUCUCUUCCCAGUCGCGGUCUCAGGCCCUCGAACUUGUCACGUCCGACAUCGCCAAAUCACUCGUUCGCACGGCCAGUGAGACGUGCAAGCGUAGUCUUCCUGGCUAUAUGGUGCCAACCCACAUACUACCGGUCAGUGGUCUGCCCUUGACCGUCAACAACAAGAUUGAUACGAAGCGCCUUGGGUCAUUUUUCAAUUCGCUCACCAUGGAAGACCUCCAAUCUCUGUAUACAACGAACCAGCAAACCGCACCGAUGAACGACCGCGAGAACACAAUCUGCCAUGUCAUUGCAGACAUGCUGUCUGUCAACAUCGAUGUGCUGAAACGAGAAUCGAACUUCUUCUCUGUCGGCCUUUCAUCCGUCUCUGCUAUCACGUUCACGAGCUUGCUGAAGCGGAGAGGUCUACACGGUGCGACCGUCACCAGGGUCAUGCAGAACCCGACUGUUAGCUCCCUCGCCAAAAGCCUCGUCUCUGAUAAUAGUGGCGACAGCAAGGAACGCAGCCUUGUCAGACAAGCCCGGCUCUCCAUAGCCGCAUUCUCUCAACGCUACCGAAAUGCUGCGGCUGCAAAGGCAUGCGUCGCCCUUAACCAGGUUGAGGUAGUCAGCCCCUGUACUCCACUCCAGGCUGGACUCCUGUACGAAUCAACGAAUGCUGUCGAGAGGCCAUAUUUCAACGAAUUCCGAUAUCUUCUGGUCAAGGCUGACCCACAAAGACUUCAGGCAGCUUUCAACCGCUUGGCUUCUGAGGUGCAACUCCUAAGAACAAGAUUCGUUCGUACUGAUGAUGGCUUCGCGCAAGUUGUCAUUAGAGACGUGGAGGUGCCUUGGUUUUCCACGGAAAGCCAGUCACCGAACACUGAAGAUAGCUUCGCGGAGCAAAGAGAACUGUGGCUCGAUGCCAACAACGAAGACAUUCUGCAACCUGUCCGGGUUUGUCUCGCAACGAGCAACGAUGCACACACUUUGACGGUAUACGCUCAUCAUGCGAUAUAUGACGGGAUCUCUUGGGAUCUGUUGUUUGAGAAGCUUGCGGAAGCCUACAAACACGGGGAGAUCCUUGAUUCCGGCCCACGAUUCACGGAUGUACUGCCUUAUGGUCCACUAUGUCCACUGCCAGAAGCAAAGGCAUUCUGGCAACAGCGAGCACCAAUGCUUGUCCUCAACCCUCUUCCUGUUGUACAUGAAUGGGACCAACAGACAGCUGCCUCGAGCAGUCUACGUUUUGAGCCGAACGGCUCGAUUGACACUCUGCGCAAGGGCUUAGGUGUCUCGCACCUAUCAGUCGUCCAAGCCUGCUUUGAGGUGGCGUUACAGCAGCACUUCACAGCUCGCACUUACGGUCACGUUGUUUCGGGGCGGAGCAUACCAUUUGAGAAAGCUGAUCGGGUCAUCGGGCCACUCUUUAACACUUUGCCGACUGCGAUUGGAAUCCAAGCUGGAGAUAGCUGGCAAGAUCUCAUUAACCGCUGCCACCAGUCUAACGUUGCCACCCUCCCCUUUCAGCACUCGUCGCUCAGAGACAUCCGCAAAUGGUGCGGCAGGUCAGCGUCUGAUCCGAUGUUCGACGUCCUUUUCGUCUUCCACCACCGACAGAAAGCGUCUGUAGCACCAAACGAGGAGCUGUGGACAGAAGUCGAGCAGCCACCGAGGGCACAGUAUCCGCUCGCAGUCGAAAUUAGCCUGCAAUCCGAUGGGAGCCUCUCAAUCGUCUCCGUCGCCCGAAGCAAUGUCGCUCAGCAGGCCGACUUGGCGGCACUUAUACGAAGCUUCGAAAGCGCUUUGAGUAGUGCGGCAGAAGCUCCGCAGCAGCGGAUUACCGAACGUUUUCAGAUCGCCCAACACGCCGAGGGUGCCGUAUCGGCUCCAGCGCCUGCGAAUAUGACCAAUGUGAACGGUACUUUCCGCUGGUCGGAGAAGGCUGUCGCCCUCAGAAAUGCCAUUGCGCAGACCGCUGGUGCUGACGCAUCGAAUAUCAAGGAGCAUACCAGCAUAUUCAGUCUCGGUCUCGACAGUAUCGACGCCGUGAAGCUUGCCUCGAGAGUCAGGAAGCUGGGCCUCGCGCUAUCGGUCAGCCAGAUCUUGCGAAGUCAAACCAUUGCUGGGAUGAUGGAGCUCGUUGAAGUAGCGAGCCCGAUACAUGCGACAACCCCUACAGACAGCAGGCUGGAUACGCUUUCGCAACAGCUACAGGAUGCUCUGCCAUCCGUGGUGUCGGAUACUUCUGUGGCGCGGAUUCUGCCAGCAACACCACAUCAAGAAGCUCUCAUCGCGGACAUGCUGCGCUCGGAGUUCGGAAACUACUAUAACCACGACGUCCUAAAGCUGAGACCUGGCGUCGACCUACCAAAGCUCAAGGAGGCAUGGCUGGAAGUCAUCAAAGCCUCCCCAAUCUUACGGACUGCUUUCCAUCCGGUAAGCUCUGCUGACAUCUCGGCCACGUUCGCUCAAGUAGUGCAAGAGACAGUCCCAAUUACGGAAGUCUCUCUAUCUGCUGAGUCGGAAAUGGAAGACCGGGUUCGGUCAAUCACUGCAGAAGUGAGAUCAAGCUUCCCCCAAGUUACGCCGACCAGGCUCACGUUCGUCAAAUGCGCCUCUGAACGCUACCUUGUUGUGUCGCUGUCACAUGCGCAGUACGACGGGCACAGUCUCGCACUGCUGCACGAAGACGUACAGCAAGCGUAUAGUGGACAACUUGCUGCAAGACCAGCAUACGACGACCUCAUUGAAGAGGCCCUAGCAGCAACCAAUGACGGGGCACGAGACUUUUGGACCGCUGCUUUGUCCGGCGUAACAUCAACGGCCUUUCCAGCAAGAAAGUCAGCAAUCGCCACUUCUACUGUGCACCGUGUCGAGCGGACCUCUUCGCUUACGGCGAACGAGAUCCGCUCAUUUUGCAAAGGACAAGGCGUGUCCAUGCAAACGCUCGCUCAGACAUGCUGGUCUCUUCUGCUGGCACACUUCACUCGUAGCCUCGACGUCGUAUUUGGCGGCGUACUUGCGUGCAGAGACAGCGAGGCUGCUGAACAGGUCAUGUUCCCAGCUAUGAACAACGUCCCCGUCAGGGCCGCCCUCCAUGGUACAAGGCUGGAAAUGCUGCGGUAUAUGCAAGAUGUGAUGAACGAUAUCCGGCCGUAUCAGCGGACACCGUUGCGCAUGAUACAGAAUGUCUGCGCCGAUGGAAGCAACGAGCGACAAGAUGGCCUAGUCGACACUCUAUUCAUCUACCAGCAUCGUCCGGAGUCCUCAGAAGCAGGACCCGAGCCGCUGUACGACUCUGUUGGUGGGACGUCGAGCGUUGAGUACCCGGUAGCGGUCGAGAUGGAGAUGGUCGGUACCAAGCUAGAACUGCGCGCUGCGUGUAAGGACGACGCGCUCGAUGCUGCAGGCACGAGGCAGUUGCUUCAAAGGCUCGACAAAGUUCUGAAUUCGAUCUUGAGGGAACCGGAGAAGCCGACCGUGGAUUUCAGCGAGGAUGAAGUGCUAAUCUGUGACCUGCCGGGCAUAACUUUAACAUCUCACCUUGGAGAUGACAACACUAACGGCAACGUCUCAGAAACAAAGCAGCAUAGCAGAGACGGUCUUCUAUCCCACACCGCCCUGCAGAUCCGCGAAGUGCUGGGUAAAGUGGCAAAGGUGCCCGGCGAAAGCGUAACGCCAUCAACAAGUAUACAAAGCAUCGGUAUCGACUCCAUCUCGGCAAUCAAGGUCGCAUCAUUGCUGCGUAAGCAGGGCAUCUCGCUUUCCGUGAGCCAGCUCAUCCGUGCCAGGACGCUCGUGAAGAUGGCCGAGCUUGCCGCGGCAGGGAGGGAACCUGAGCCCACCACCUCCCGCACGCCGGCUUCGGAGAUCAUUUCGACAGCGUUGCGACAGUAUGACAUCCCAUCGCUGCUCAAGCAGGCCCAAAUCGACCAAGAGAAUGUGGAAGGCUUACUGCCAGCUACGCCCGGACAGGUUUAUACGCUAAAUGCCUGGCGCGGGACGGGCGGGCAGCUGUUCUACCCGACCUUCAGCUACCAUAUCAAGGCCGCUGUCGACGAAGACCAGCUUCGCAAGGCCUGGGAGGGUGUGGUUGCACGACACGCAAUCCUUCGGACGGCCUUCUGCGCCACGAGCGACAAGCACAUCCCAGUGCUGCAAGUUGUACUCAAGAGCCCGCCUGCAAGCUUCUUCACUGGAGAGCACAAUUCCAGCAAUAACACUCCGUCACCGCAGCCCAUGGUUACCCUGCGAAGUGCUGCUCGUAAACACAGCGAUGGUGGCGGCGAAGAAUGGCGGCUGGAUCUUCACAUCCACCACGCAUUAUACGACGCCGUAUCUCUACCCCUUCUAACCGACGACUUUAGAGCACUGAUUUCUGAGCGUGGGCGCGCGAUCUCACAGACGAAGUACGAAGACUUCCUCGCUCUAUCACUGACGCCCGAGGCGCAGACAGCCCGACAAGCAUUCUGGUCGCAAUACCUCCGCAACCUCCAACCCCUGACCCUCCAGCAGCCGAAAUCGAGAGGUCAGCAGAGGAGAGUGGAACUCUUCAAGCCCGCUCUACUCGCCGACGUCAACGAAUUGGAGCAGCUCACCCGGAAAGAAGACAUAACCCUCCAAUCCCUCCUCUUCGCCGCCUACGCAAAGAUCUACGCCGUUCUUGCCGCCACCCAGAUCACAGCGGCGCCAGCGGCUUCGCAGCCAGAAGACGUAAUGCUAGGCAUCUACCUCUCCAACCGCUCCCACCUCCCCGACCUCGACCGCCUCGCAGCACCAACGCUGAAUCUCGUGCCCUUGCGCGUGCGGGCGCCGAGUGUACGACCGGUCCUUAAGCUUGCCAAGCAGAUACAAGAAGAUCUGGGCGAGGUUGGCACGGCGCAGAAUGCUGCCGUGGGGUUGUGGGAGAUUGAGGAGUGGACGGGCGUUGAAGGGGUCGAUACGUUUGUGAACUUCCUCAAGUUGCCGGAGAGCCGCAGCACGGAGGGUACGGAUAAUGACGGUGUUGUCAUUACGGAGUUGGAUGGGAGGCGUAGUGGAGAGGGUUACAGCCGUGUUACUGAGCCGGCGGGAGAUGGGGAGAUGGAGAUGCCGAACGAGCUGCGAACGCUGGGAGACGGGAGGGCGUAUCACUACUCGCUCGAUCUGGAAGUGGCGGUCGUGAAUGGAGCGCUAGACGUGGGUUUGUUUUGUGCGGAGGAGAUGCUCGGGCUAAGUGAGGCGGAGCGGGUGGUGGAGGAGCUCAAGUUGUCGCUCGAGGAAAUGGUUGGGACGGCGAAGGCAUGAUAUUGCCUCUAGUUCACAGGCAGUGCGUAACAGAUGUAGAAGCGUGAAGCGUUCGGUAUAGAGUCGUACAGGUAAUACAAGCGUGAUACACCACAUCACCUGCCGACCAAGCAUUGCGAAACACCUCAAACACCUGCCAGUUGAUCAGACUGCUUCAUCGCGUCCAGCCAUGAUUCCACCCCUCCCUCCCCGGCGUCUCGGUCUGUAUCCUCGCAUACUCGAUAGGCACCCCAUCCCAAAUCCCCUCCUUCCGCAUGGCAAUGCGAAACAGCCUCCCCGUCUCCUUCCCACCCUCCACUGCCGCCUCGCCAAUCCUUUCUCGAUCUUCCGCCGUCAAGCCAUGCCCGUCGACAAGGCGUAAAGCCUCGCAAGCGGCGUUCAUGCUGUUGUAUUGCCGUUCCAGUUCCAGUUCGCGACGUUGGCGAAGUUUGGAUUGGUAGAGUUGCCAGGCGCGGUGGAUGGUCCAGUGGCGGAGGGCGCGG